UGAAUAAUUUGUCAUAACCUCCUGAAAUUGUAAGUCAUAUAAAAUUAUCCACAAUAUAAGUUGAAAUUUAUAGAAAUUCUUGCUUAAAAGUUUCCAAAUUUUCAUCAGAUAUCUCUUCUGUAUACUAUUUAAUUGCUGUUUAUCAACUUCUGUGUAAAUGUUUUCCACAUUCUCUAGUAAUCUAAAUAAUUCAAGAAAUGAAUCAAAUAAUGUGUUACACAGAAGUGAUUACACAGAAAAUGAGGUUCAGGAAUAUAAGGAUUCUCUUAUAACAAAGGCGGAAGAUUUGUUGGUGAAAGGAUUUCCGGAGAAAAUAGUUAAAUUAAAUGAAUUAUUGGAGACGCCUGGAUUUUGUAAUCGAAAGCUGUCGGAUGUACAUCAAGACUUAAAUGUACCCAUUCCAGACCCUAUAAUUCUUAAUCAUUCCGAAGAUGCUCCUGCUACGAAAAAGCUUAAAUUGGACAAUAAUGGAGACGAGACCAGUGGAACCAAAGUUAUGAUACUUCCAGGUGGUUCUGUACCAUGCAAUAAAAAGUUGUGUGAUUUGAUCCACAUAGUUAAACCCUACAUUAGACAACUUUUGGAGGAUUCUAAUUUAUUAAAAAUGUGGAUUUCUUUUUUAAUCCCAAAAAUCGAGGAUGGGAACAAUUUUGGUGUAUCCAUUCAAGAAGAUACAUUAUCCGAAAUUCAAUCAGUUGAGAGCGAAGCUGCUGCAUUUUUCGAUCAAAUUUCUAGAUAUUUCAUCUCUAGAGGAAAGAUUGUCAGUAAAGUCGCGAAAUACCCACACAUCAUCGAUUAUAGAAGAGCGAUUCAAGAACUAGAUGAAAAGGAAUAUGUAAGCUUAUGGCUCGUCAUGUGUGAGGGUCGCAAUCGUUAUUGUUCGCUCCACGAUCUCGUGAUCAAGAAUCUGGAAAAGAUCAAACGGCCACGUUCCUCCAACGCCCAAUCCUUGUACUAGUAGGCAUAGUUUUACGCGCUGUACCUACGCGUGCAGAGUAAUUCAACAUAAACUUAAAUCGGAAAAUAUAUAAUAAGUAAAAUAAAAUUCAUCUCCCCCUCAUCCUAUUGACACGACUCAAUUGCCUUGACAUUGAUCCAUCGUUCAUUCUACCUAUUAUAAUACCAUAAAUAAAACCAAUAGCUACACUUAAACUCUACGAAAUUGUAUUAUGUAGAUUAUACUUAACUUAUUCGUACGUUUAAGUUUAUGUAACUGGCUUCUUUUGUCCACUAAUAUAUAUGAAAAGUAUUUUUCAGUUAGAUUUUAAGAAUAAAGGUCAAGGAAACUUUCAAAUGUUUCAAUAGGAACUUCACAAUUCUUUUCGAAUCAUAUUUUAAUUAUAUAAUCGACGUGUGAACUCUUAAUAUUUGAGCUAUGCAUUACACAUAUAUAAUUUCUUUGCAUCGAUUUGUCAUAAAAUUAUACAGUAUAGCGAACUUACAUGUAAUUUUGCCAAUAUAUUAUAUAAUUGGGGCACUUAUUAAAGGAAUAUAACAAGUGGUCGAAGUGAAUUUAGUAUUUAGUCAAGUGAAUAUUGCAUCAUUUGUAAUUUAUAUCUGUAAGAAGAUUAGAAGAUAAAUCAAGCUAUUAAAUAAUAGCUGAGUUUAUAAAUAGUACUCCCUUUUUGUAAAUGUGUUUACGCUUUGUCGCGAUAAAUAGUAAAUAUAGGAAAAACACACGAGAUUACAUGGAAUACAGCAUUAUCUGAUACUCGAAAUAAAUUGUGUUCUAAGCUUGCAAAGUGCAAAAGUAAAAA